AACACCACAAUCUGAUCUGAACCUGAAUAAGCAAAAACUAAAUCAGUCUUACAAAAGUAAAUUUUUCUUUUUAAAUAUCAUUAAAGUGAAUUUUCCAAAUGGCUUCUCUCAAAGAUGUAGCUGCGUUGUAUCAAAAUCUUAAAACAGAAUGGUCUAAAAAACCUCGAAAACUUGACAAGUGCGGAGAGUUGUUAAACAAAAUAAAGGUAGCAUUAACACAGCUGAGUUUUCUCCCGAGUAACAACGCAGCCGCUAAUCAGAAAGAAUUGAUCCUUGCGAGAGAUGUACUUGAGAUUGGUGCACAAUGGGCAGUUGCAAGCAAAGAUGUAAAAGCCUUUGAAAGAUACAUGUCACAAUUGAAAUGUUAUUACUUUGAUUACAAAGACCACUUACCAGAAUCUGCAUUCAUGUAUCAGCUACUUGGUCUAAAUCUGCUAUUUCUAUUGGCACAAAACCGAGUAGCAGAGUUCCACACAGAACUUGAACGUCUCCCAGUGGAUGUGAUCAGAGCAGAUCCAUAUGUGAGACAUCCAUUAGCACUUGAACAAUAUCUGAUGGAAGGAAGUUAUAAUAAAAUCUUUUUAGCAAAGGGUAAUGUACCGGCAGAGAGUUAUACAUUAUUUAUGGACACUCUGUUAGAGACAGUUCGUGGAGAGAUUGCGGCCUGCAUUGAGAAGGCCUAUCUGAGCAUCCCAUGUGGUGAGGCAGCAAGGCGACUCAAUCUCCCAUCACAAAUGGCUGUUCUCGAAUAUGGAAAGAAGCGUAAUUGGGUGUUGGGUGCGGACAACUGCUAUCAUUUCAACGCAGCUGACGAGGCGAGCGCCGCGGCCGCAGGUGUGUUGCCAUCCGCCGAGCUUGCGGAACAAACCAUCGAAUACGCUAGACAUCUAGAAAUGAUUGUCUAGAUACCUAUAUUUGUAAUCUUU